CCCACCCACCCUUUACACAGCAACAGCUACCGCACUCCGCACGUAUACAUAAGAACUGAAACUUCGUGCCAUGGCAAGACUCUUUGCUGUGUGCUUGGUUCUGCUCGCCUUCGCCAUGGCCGUGGCGGCAGAUAUGGCGCCGAUGAUGGCCCCGAUGGCGGCACAUAUGGCGCCAAUGAUGGCCCCGGCAGAUAUGGCGCCGAUGAUGGCCCCGAUGGCGGCGCCGGCGGCCGACGCUGGCGACUGCAACAGCGACCUGCAGGACCUGGUUGCCAACUGCCAGAACUAUGUCAUGUUCCCGGCCGAGCCGAAGAUACCGCCGUCGCCGGCCUGCUGCGCCGUGAUCCAGAGGGCGGACAUGCCGUGCCUGUGCGCCAAGGUCACCCCGGCGGUCGAGAAGGUCGUCUGCAUGGACAAGGUCGUGUUCGUCGCCAAAUACUGCAAGAGGCCCUUGCAGCCUGGCUCCAACUGCGGAAGCUACCCCGUUCCUGGUGUGAUCGUGUAAUGCAGCAUAUCUUCUGAUUGGAUGAUCACGAAGACCGCAGAUGCUAUUUUCAGCUUUCACCAUUGUACUACUGCUUGUGACUUGCAUAUUCGCUGAGAGAUAAUUUGCUGGAUUAUCCCCUAGAUAAAUCCAGAUACUUUAUGAUAAGUAUAAAUAAAGUUGACGGCAAAUGUAUGAUUGCCAGUUAAAAAAAGAGUUCGCUAUGUACGUGUACUUGCGUUUCUUUAAAGGACAGUUAAUUUUGUGGGCGUUUGUUUUUUCAAAGAGGAUCAAAUCUAUUAUAAAGAUUCAUGGAAAGUACAAAACACCGAAACAUAAUAAAAAUUACAUGAAGGUCCAUGGACCGCCAAACAACGACCAUUGCGCCGCCAAAACGAGCCACCGAUGCGCCGCUGUCGCCGCUCCCAUACCGAAGCCGGCCUUACCUUGUCGAUAAUAGCCAGGAAGUCUGCGUGCAUGUACCCCUAAAGACCAGCGCCCCGAAGCCACAGUCGUCGCCCUUCAAUCCUUGA